CAUAAGGCCACAAUGGAGAAAGUACUGCAGUGAUUACUAUUCAGUGGAGAACUAUAAGGCCACAUAUGCACCAACUUUUGCACCACUAGAUGAUAAAAGUGAAUGGGUCCAGUGGGAUCUAAUCCAACUGCAAAGAGGCAAAGGACUGAAUGUGAUGCACAAAGCUUCACCUUCAGCAACAUAGAUCCAAGUCAGACCACCGGAGUUAGGGGUGCAGCUAAGUCAAACAAGAAGAAGAGAACGACAUCAUUUGUUGGUGAAUGUUUUACAGGGCCUGGCAGUCAGCCUUUGGCAACACCAUCUUCUACUCCAGCUUCCACAAUACCUAUGAGUCUGCCAUCUAUAGCACCAUCUUCUACUCCACCCUCUACAAUAAAUAACCUUUAUCAGAACUUCGUUGGCAUUGGAUCUGUAUCUCAGAAUAUAAAACAAGGAAAGGGAAGGGGAAAUGGAAAGGCUAAGAAGAAAUGAUUUGAGAUCCGUUUUCUGAUUUUUUGUGUUUAAGAAGACAAUAUUUUUUUCUUUUGUAGACUUGAAUUAAUGCUGAAUCAAAAGUGGAUGGUUGUUUAUUAGUACAUUUG